UUGCAAGAAAUGGCCACCGAUUCGACGACCGCGCCGGAGCCCCUGCUGGAUUUGAAGGCCGGCGGCGAUGCCCUCCUGGUGGCGAAACUUGCCGAAACCGUUGAAAGAUUGGAAUCGGAGGAGGCACCUCCCCUAGUGGCCGCGUUGGACACUUCCACCAACACCGCCGUCGUCCUGCUGCACCAGUCGGGCCAGUGCGCCGCCCUGCCCUCCUUCCAGUCGGAAUGCCUCACCGUCUGCACGUGGCUUCGCGCCGCCAACGUCCCCUUUAAAACCAUGAACCACAAGCUGGUCCUCACCGGAAGCCGCUUCCCGAUGGUCGAGCUGGGUGACGACGAAUUCGGUCCCUCCGACAACAUCCUCGAGAAGCUUUCCCGUCGUCUAAACUGCAACUUGGACGAAGCUCUAAGCCCCGACCAAAAAAUCCUAUCCUACGCCAUGGCCUCAACGGUGGAGCACACCCUCGGCGCGGCCCAUCGACGCUGGUGCAACGAAAACCGUGGCCAGCUACUCCGCGCGUACGAUCUGGACCUGAAGCGCGCGCUCAAGCGAUCCGCAAUGCCCCGCGGCGUGUUGGAGUUCUUCUUUCGGCGAUCCGCAUCCCGUAACGAAAAGUCCCGCGGCCAGCCGGAAGAUGAGCGACUGAAAGCGGUCCGAAUGAUUUCGGAGUUUCUCGGCGAUAGGCCGUUCUGCUUCGCCGAAGCAGUGACCACUCUGGACGUGGUGGCGUUUGGUGUGCUGGCGCCGAUGCUGGCCGUGUCCGGCAACGUGGCGUACCCGUUGCGUGACCAGAUGAUACUGAACUACCCGAAUCUGGUUGGGUUUGUCGAGCGCGUCAAGCAGCGGCUGUUCCCGGAUUGGGUGGAUCUGUGCUGCGGAGGGGGAGGAAGCGCGAGUGAAGAUGGGAAGUGCGCUGUGGAUAAGAAGCACAAGCUGGAACUUGACCAUUUGAACAGCGGAAAAGAGCGAAAGCAGCAGCAGCCACAAUCGGAUAAGGUUUUGGAAAAUAGCGAAGCCGAGCUGGAAACGCAAGUUUGA